AUGGCUGCUAAAUCAUUUUCUAAAAAGGCUACUGCUGUACCGAAUGAUUUUAGCGAAGAAGAAGUUGAUUCAUCUGAGUCAGAAGAUGAAAUAAGUAAAGUAGGACAUAAUUUACGAAAUGAAUUAACAAUCAAUAAUGAAUUAUCAUCAGGUGAAGUUACUAAUAAUGAAGAAAAUAUUCAAUUAAAUAAUCAAAAAAGAAAAAAGAAAAAAACGAUAGAUUGGAAAAAAAAAGAUUUGGUACUUCCAGCAGCGAAUUUUGCUAGUACCUUUUCACCACCACCAGUUUAUAUGGAAUUUGAACCAAUUGACUAUUUUUAUUCUAUGUUCGGCAAAGAGUCAAUCACACUUUUGACCGAACGAUCUAACUUGUAUUCAGUUCAAACUAAUCCAAAUAAACCAGCACGUAUUUCAGAAGUUGAAAUGGCACAAUUUAUUGGUGUUUUGAUAAUGAGUGGAAUAUACUGUGUUCCAGAUCAACGAUUUUUUUGGAUGAAUACUACUCGAGUAGAAUCUAUAUCAUCAACCAUGAGUUGA